AUGGCCGCUCAGAAGAGCCCUCUCAUCAAACAGCAGGACGCUCGAAGUAGUAUGCACCCAGCUCUUCAGAUCGACGAGGUGUGCCGCGCAGUAGCGCAAGAAUGUCAAGAUUGGCAGUCAACUCUCUGUGCACUCGCGAAAACCUGCCGUGCGAUCCUGGACCCAUCGCUCGACGUUCUCUGGGCAGAGCUGAAGAGCAUGAUACCUCUUCUGCUAGCACUUCCAUCAGGUCUCUUAGCGUUAAAACCAGAUAUGGCGACAAGGAGACGCGUUUUCCCUCACACGAUGGUUUACGAAUUCCGAAGGCCGCUUGAGCAAGCGGAUUGGAAUGUCUUGGUUCGACCUCAGUAUACUCGGUCUAUAUUAGACCCUUCUUCGUUCGCUUUAGAAGGUAAUGCUCUCGAAGCCUUGACUGAGAUUGGAAACCUCUUUCCAUCAUUAAGGACUCUCACCUGGACAGAUCCUUCUCUAUCGCAAGAUACCAUCACCGCCUUGUCGACGGCCAUAUGUUCAUGGCGCUACUUAGAGGAUCUUCAUGUCGCCGCACUGGAUCGCACAGCAUUUUCCCGCCUAAUCCAACUCCCCGUACUGCAGCACCUGUACCUGCACGCCCCAUUACGGGGACAAAUGCCCGCUCGUUGUGUUCCUUCCGCCCUGGAGAAACCAUUCCCACAGCUCAAGACGAUGCAUCUGGAGCACUGUGCGCAUGGGCUGACGGAUGCCGCUCAGAUCCUCACGGAAAUUGACGGCAGAGUCUCCUUCUCCGAGUUCUUCGCGAGUACCUUCGGGGUACCACGCGAGACAGACCUUCGCAGCCUGAUCGGCACGGUGGCAGCAAAAUGCAUAUCCAAUACUCUGACAUCACUGACCAUCGUGGAGGAUCGAUUCUCUGCCCCAUCCAUCAUCCGCUUAUCAGGCUUCACGAUCACAUUUGUAACGUUGGCGCCUAUCACUUCAUUCCGUCGUCUUGAGACCCUUGACAUCGACACGGAGCGCAACGUUUCGCUCGGCGACAUCGAGCUUCUCGAGCUUGCCUCUUCCUGGCCCCUGAUGAAGCGUCUCAUCAUCAACCCACUCAACGGCUGGCGAGCCCCGUCACGCGUGACCUUCUGCGGACUUGCAGCCUUGUUAGGCCUGCUUCCUCGGCUUCAAGUUGUACACAUUGCGGUCGACGGCUGCAGCACGACCGAAAUCGCUCCCCUCGAAUCACCUAAACGAGACGCUGCCAACGGAAUCCUUCUCGAGGUGGUCGAUUUGUUAGAUUCACGAGUUGGAGACAACAUCGCGGAUGUCGCAGCGUGUCUAGCAAAGGCACUCCCAGCUCCGAGGACGUAUAAGGUACAGGCUUGGACAGCUGUUAAUUUACAUAUACGGGCGAACAUGGACCCAGAGUCGGGUGUAUUCUCGAAACGGUGGGAAGAGGUGUUCAGCGAGCCGCUACUACCUUUAUGACUUCAUUAACGAACCUUCCGUGCUAAUGAU